AUGGCAGAUGAUAGUAGUGUUGCUUCUGGGACCCAAGUUCCCACUACAGUGACCAAUACUAAUCAAAAUGAAUUUAACAAUACCUCUCAUUCUUACUUCAUCUCACCAUCAGACUCUCCUGGCACACUGCUAACCAAUGUAGUGUUUGAUGGGAGAAGUUUUGGUGGAUGGAAGAGAGGUAUGUGGAUAGCCUUGACAGCAAAAAAUAAAUCUGGCUUUGUUGAUGGUUCAUCCCCAGAACCAAGUGCAGGAACUGAUAAGCACAGAGCUUGGUCUAGGGCCAACAACAUGGUUAUUUCUUGGCUUUUAAAUUCUCUAUCUAGAGAAAUUUCAGAAAGUGUUCUAUAUUACUCUACUGCUAAAGAUAUCUGGACAGAGCUGGAAGCCAGAUUUGGCCAAAGCUCAGGUGCUAGGCUCUUUCAACUCCCAAAGGAGCUUAGUGACUUAACCCAAGGUGCUUCUGAUAUUGCUUCCUAUUUCACCAAGAUGAAACAACUCUGGGAUGAGUUGGAUACCUUGGACACGACUCUGGAAUGA